CGACCUCCCACACGUGAGUCUGUCGGUAGCCGUGCUCCACGCGCAGCAGUGUGAGAAACCGGGUGGUAAGGCGACGUCAUUCUUCAGACCACCAGUUCCACAUAACGCGGAGACAGAGAGGAGCGGAACGGAGCGGCGUUGUCCGACGCAGUUUUCAGAUAAGGUGGGGGGAAAGUAGGUCGUCUUAGAUAAAGAACAGGGUGGACACUAGGGCCUGGAAGACCACAGGCCUGUUAUCCCACCUCGCUCUGUAGUGACAGAGGCAGCCCAGGUUGAGUGUUUCCCCCUCGGUCAGUCCAGCUGCCAGUGCUGGUCAGGUGUCUUAAGGGACACCGCGCCACUAGAUUGGAGAGGUGCUGAAGCGAUUACAGCUGAAAGAUGGCGGACGACCCCAGCGCGGCGGACAGGAACGUGGAGAUAUGGAAAAUCAAGAAGCUGAUCAAAAGUUUGGAAGCUGCUCGUGGUAAUGGAACCAGUAUGAUCUCACUGAUCAUCCCUCCCAAGGACCAGAUAUCCAGAGUGGCCAAAAUGUUGGCUGAUGAGUUUGGAACUGCUUCAAACAUCAAGAGCCGAGUCAACAGGCUUUCUGUUCUCGGAGCAAUUACCUCUGUACAACAAAGACUAAAACUCUACAACAAGGUGCCACCUAAUGGUUUGGUUGUGUACUGUGGCACCAUUGUGACAGAGGAAGGCAAGGAAAAGAAAGUCAAUAUCGACUUUGAGCCUUUUAAACCAAUCAACACCUCCCUUUACCUCUGUGACAACAAGUUCCACACAGAAGCACUGACAGCCUUACUGUCUGACGACAGUAAGUUUGGCUUUAUUGUGAUUGACGGUAGUGGGGCAUUGUUUGGCACACUGCAGGGUAACACCAGAGAGGUGCUGCACAAGUUCACUGUGGACCUACCCAAAAAACACGGCAGAGGAGGACAGUCUGCUCUGCGUUUCGCUCGUUUGAGAAUGGAGAAGAGACACAACUAUGUCCGUAAAGUGGCCGAAACGGCUGUCCAGCUCUUUGUAUCCAAUGACAAAGUUAAUGUAGCAGGAAUGGUCUUGGCUGGCUCUGCAGACUUCAAGACUGAGCUCAGCCAGUCUGACAUGUUUGACCCAAGGUUACAGGCCAAGGUUCUGAAGCUGGUUGACAUCUCCUAUGGAGGAGAAAAUGGGUUCAAUCAAGCAAUUGAACUCUCAGCAGAAGUUCUCUCCAAUGUCAAAUUCAUCCAGGAGAAGAAGCUUAUUGGGCGGUAUUUUGAUGAGAUCAGUCAGGACACGGGGAAGUACUGUUUUGGUGUGGAGGACACGCUCAAAGCUCUGGAGAUGGGAGCAGUGGAGAUCCUCAUAGUCUAUGAAAACCUUGACACCAUGCGUUAUGUUUUACGUGUGCAUGGGGCAGAGAGCAAUGGAGCAGAGAAUGAUGAGAAGACUUUGUACUUAACACCAGAGCAAGAGAAAGACAAGUCUCAUUUUACAGACAAGGAGACAGGGCAAGAACAUGAGCUAAUUGAGAGCAUGCCCUUGCUGGAGUGGUUUGCUAACAACUACAAGAAAUUUGGAGCCACGCUUGAGAUAGUCACAGACAAAAGCCAGGAGGGGUCCCAGUUUGUCAAGGGCUUCGGAGGCAUUGGAGGUAUCUUGAGGUACAGGGUGGAUUUCCAAGGCAUGGAGUACCAAGGGGAGGACGACGAGUUCUUUGAUUUGGAUGACUACUAGGUAGUCGGGGACUGAUGCUGAAAGGAAAAAAGCAAAGGAAUUGAGGAAAGAAAAAUGCCACCUCUUGCAGCAAGUGAGAGGGGGAACCACGUUGACCACAUGUGACAGACAUGCCUUCAAUUUACCUGUUGCAUACACAAACUUGCACAUACAUGUCAUUGUACACACACAAAAUUGUAUCACAGGCUGAAAAGGAGUGAUAUUUUCUUUCAUCCAGUGAGAGAGAAAGCUUUUCCUGAAUAAAUCCAUGCCUUAGUGGUGGUUCCUUCCCCUAGUUGGAUUGGACUUGACUUUUUUUUUCCCCACCCCUCCAUUUUGAAUGAACCACAACAGCAAGUUUCCACAUUCUUUGCUGUCCCUAACUUGGUCUGACUUAAGGUGAACUUUGGACUCACUCUUCAUUAAAAAGAAAAACAUGCAUAUAUAUUUUUUUCUUUUCUUGCCUCAUCGUGCCGCACCCUCUUUGCUCCCUUCUGUGCUUUCUCUUUUUGCAUUUUUUAAAAUGGUAACUGCUGCUGUUGUAUUUUAUUAAAGUGGGGGGCUUUUUUCUUUCUUUCUUUUUUUUUUUUUUUUUUUUUUAAUCUGGGUUUCUGUAGAGAAAGGGGGGACAAAAUAUUAAAUUUGAACUGCUGAAAACCA